ACCUCAUCACUCAUUUCAAGCCAAGAGAUGUUAUGUUUAAUAUCAAAAUGAAGUCCAAGAUUGAGGAGAUCAAUACCAGAUUGCACAAUAGUUUUCAACAAUGUUUGAAACUUAAUUUGGUUAAGAUUGUUGGACCCCCCACACCUACUAAGACUUGGCAAAGACCAGACUCUACAUCUAUAAUUGAUGAUCCUCGUGUUUACGGCCAAGAACACGAUCAGAGUAGGAUAAUUGAGUUGCUCGUAAAGGGGGAUGUAUCAAAUCAUAGCAACAUUGGCAUAAUUCCCAUAGUGGGUAUGGGUGGGAUUGGCAAGACCACCCUGGCUCAGAUGGCAUACAAUGAUGAAACCGUGAAGAAGCAUUUUGAUUUGCAAGCCUGGGUCUGUGUGUCAGAUGAGUUCAACAUUAUGAGAAUAACAAAAUUAAUUCUCGAGUCUGUGACUACCCAGACAUGUAAUUUUAAUGGCUUGGAUCAAGUUCAAGUUCAACUGCAGAAGGCUUUGGCUGGAAGGAAGUUCUUAAUUGUUUUAGAAGAUGUCUGGAACAAAAAAUACAGUGACUAGAAUGUUUUGAAAAAACCUUUCCGUGAUGGAGCCCAAGGGAGUAAAGUUGUGGUGACUACACGUAACAGAGAUGUUGCAAGAACGAUGGGAGGUGUUGAACUUCAUGACAUUGAGGUCCUAUCAGAUGAAGAUUGUUGGUUGUUGUUUGCAUAACAUGCCUUCAAGCAGAGAAGUAUUGAUGCAAAUCCAAAUUUGGUAUCACUAGGUAAGGAAAUUGUGGAGAAAUGCAAAAGUUUGCCUCUGGCUGCUAAGACACUCGGUGGCCUUUUACGUUGCAAAGAACGAGAUGAGGAAUGGGUAGAUGUAUUGUGUAAUAAAAUAUGGGAUUUAUCACACGAAGAAAGUGACAUCUUUCCAGCUUUGAGAUUAAGUUACCAUCAUCUCCUUGCGCAUUUGAAGCAGUGUUUUGCAUACUGGUCAAUAAUACCCAAGGACUAUGAAUUUGAGGAAAAGGAGAUAGUCUUGUUAUGGAUGGCAGAGGGUUUCAUUCCGCCAAAAAGAGAGAAACAAAUGGAAAAUAUAGGAGGUGAGUACUUUCGGGAAUUGUUGUCAAGGUCUUUUUUCCAGCCAUCAAGUACCGAUAAAAGCUCUAAAUUUGUUAUGCACAACCUCAUCAAUGAUUUGGCACAAGUAGUUGCAAGAGAUACUUGUUUUAGAUUGGAGGAUAGAUUGAAAUAUCAGGAGCAGUGCAAAAAUAUAAAGAAAGCUCGACAUUCAUCUUACAUGCAGGAGGACCAUGAGGGUAUGAAAAAAUUUGAGAUCUUUGGCAAAGCCAUGCAUUUACGGACCUUCUUACCAUUUUCCUUAGAAUCUUCCCUAAAAUCUUAUUUAGAUUGUCAUUUGGCAAGCAAUGUUCCCCGUAAUCUAUUGCUGAAGCUAAGACGCUUAAGGGUGCUCAAUAUGAGUAGAUAUUGCAUCAUAGAAGUUCCAAAUUCUGUUGGAGAUUUCAAACAUCUGCGGUAUCUUAACCUAUCCCACACCUCCAUUGAAGAAUUACCUGAAUCACUAGGCUCUCUCUACAAUCUACAAAUAUUGAUGUUGAGAGGAUGUCGAAAACUGAAAAAGUUGCCAACAGACUUGGGAAACCUAAUUGAUCUACGUCAUCUCGAUACUACAAAUGCACAUUCCUUAGAAGAAAUGCCACUGGGAAUAGGUAAGUUGGUUAGUCUUCUAACACUAUCCAAUUUUAUUGUUACUAAAAGCAGUGGGCAUCGGUUAAGAGAGUUGGGGAACUUAAUUUAUCUUCGGGGGAAGCUUUGCCUAUCUGGGUUACAGAACGUGGUGGUUCCAUUAGAUGCAAGGGAGGCAAAUUUAAAUGAUAAGAAGGGGUUAGAUGUGUUAUCAAUGGAAUGGAGUGUUAACUCAGGUGAAUCACAAGAUGGAAGAGUUGAAACAGAAGUGCUUGACAUGCUACAACCUCACAAGAAUUUAAAAAAGCUCCAUAUCAAAGGCUACCUUGGUACAGGAUUUCCGACUUGGAUAGGAGAUCAUCUGUUCUCCAAUAUGGCUUACCUAAGUUUAGAAAAUUGUGGAAAUUGUGCAUCCUUGCCACCUCUCGGACGACUACCCUCCCUCAAAAAGCUUUACAUUAAAGGAAUGCGUGUUCUAAAGCAUGUUGGUUGUGAGUUCUAUGGGCAAGGUGGUGAACCUUUUCCAUUACUGGAGACUCUAAGCUUUGAGAAUAUGCCAGAAUGGGAGGAUUGGUAUACUUUUGGAGAUCACAAGGAAGUUCAACCAUUCACUCUUGUUAGUGAGCUCUCCAUCAAAAAUUGUCCUAAACUUGUUGAAAUGUUGCCAAGUGAUCUACCUUGUUUGAAUAAGCUACAGAUCUCGAACUGCCCCAACCUCUGCGGAAUGAUGCCCAAGGAUCUAUCUUGUUUGAAUAAUCUAGAGAUUUCAGAGUGCCCGCAAUUCCUAGUUGAAGGUUCCAGCAUUAGCCUCCCGUCACUCACCUCGAUAGCUAUGAAUGACGUUCCUCUAACAAGCCUUGAAGCGGUCCUUGAGAUGAGGAGGAUGGUUGAUGAUGAAGUGAUAUCGGCAAAUGCAAAGUCUAAGCAUCCAAGUUCAAUAACUUCCUUGAGCAUUGGGAUGAUUAAGAAACUCGAGCUCUUGCCGAAAUGGGUUACUCGUGGGCUAAUGGAAGUCGAGGAAUUGAACAUUAGAAGGUGUGAAGAACUCAAGGCACUGUGGAAGAAUGAGGCGAGAGUGCAACACAGCUUGCCUACAUUCCGACGUUUGAGAAUUGAAGACUGCCCCCAGUUUGUUUCGUUGUUUGAAGAAGAUGGGGAUGAAGAAAAUGAAGGGCAACAUCAGCAACAACAACAAGAGGGACUCCCUAGCAUAGUGAGGCUUGAGCAUCUAACAAUAAUUAAUUGUGAAAAGCUGCUGGAUAAACUGCCACGGCUGCUACAUACCUUCUCUUUUCUUCGAGAGUUGUAUGUCUGGAAGUGUCCAAGUCUUGGCUCUUUUCCAGAGACAGGUUUUCUGUGCACGCUGAAAAAACUCCAGAUACUUCGUUGUGAGGCUCUGCAAUCCUUAUUCGGGUGGAUAACGCAGAUUAAUGACAAUAAUCUUGAAGUGUUAGAUGUUGAGAAUUGUCCAUCCCUCACAUGCUUGAUAUCAUGCAGAGGUGGGGGGCUACCGCCCACACUCAAAGAGCUUGAGAUUUGGGGGUGUAAAAAGUUGGAGGCACUGCUAAUAGAGGAGGGGAUGGAAAUUAACUGUCCAUCUCUUGAGUCUUUUUGGAUCAGUGGUUGUGAUAGGCUGAAAUACUUGCCAGAUGCCCUUCCUAAUAAUAAUAAUCUUAGGAAUCUCAGUCAAUUGGUGCUACAUGGGUGUGAGAAUUUGGAGUACAUUCCGGAAGGAUGGUUACACUCCGCAACAAAUCUGACAUAUUUGAAUAUGAGGGGAUGAAAAAAACUGAAGGCCCUACCACACGGAUUGCAGAGCAUCAACUACCUCACUUCUCUUCAAGAGCUAGAUAUGAAUAUUUCACAAUGGAACAACAACUUCAAGAAGAUUGGUUUGCACAGUUUAUCCUCUCUUAAAACACUAUGGAUUGAAGGCAAAGAAGAAGAACAUCCGAUGGGUUCCAGCUUUCCGAUAGAUGGGAUGUUGCUGCCCACCUCUCUUAUCGUACUUUGGAUCCGUAAUUUUCGAAAUCUGGAGAAGCUAUCUUCUAAGUUGUUUCAAAACCUCGCCUCCCUUGAAUGUCUUUAUAUCGGGGAUUGCCCUAGGCUCACAUUCCUGACGUCAACAUCGGUGAGUGAUCAACUCUGUGGAGAUUCCACCGCAAUACAAGCAGUCAAAUUGCCAGAAAUGUGCUUUCAAGGAUCUGAAUACAGAGAAAGAUUUCUUCCGAUAGAUUUCCUCAUCUGCUUUUAUUUCCCGAGGAAACCACAACAAAUGGAAGAGUCCUCAUUUCUUUCCAACUUUGUGCAUUUGUUCCUGGAUAUCCUGUCCAUCCAGUGAUUGUUCGCUAUCCCCUUGUACACUUCGACCAAUCCCGGGGAAAUAUAGCUUUGGGAAAGCUCAUGUUUAGAAUGUUCAGAGUUUCACAAUUUCAUGGAGGACAACAUAUCUCUAGUCUAGUCUUAGAUUGAAUCCUGGAUUGCUGAGUCUUGAUUGGUUACACUAACUGUACAAACAUCUCAUUCCUAUGGGGACAUCAUGCAGCUUGCAAAAGCUUCCGAGUCCAAACAAGUCACUUUUCGUGCUCCAUGUGUUUUGGCUUUAUAAUUUAUCUUGCUUUUAGGUCGGCAAAAAUGAUCUUGUACUUCAUUCAAACAUUCUAUGAAGUGCUAGAUUUUAGCUCUUAAACUUAAUUUGA